AUGGCUCUUCCAGACUCCCAAGCACAUAGGGACUGCGGAUGCGGAAGAGUAGAGUCAGCCCAAGCCGUCCGGAGAGGAGCAGGGGGAUGGCGACGCCUCGCCGGCUCAUCCGGGAGCGGGGCCGAGGCGGCGGAGAUCCCGCCGUUGAUGAGCGCGGCCGCCACCUUCUUCUUCAUCCUGAGCGCCUACUUCGUGGUGCUGCCGCUGCGGGACGAGGGCGCCAUCUCCCUGGGGCUCGACACCCUCCGGGCCCUCUUCGCCGGCUCCCUCCUCCUCACCGUCGUCGCUGCCCCCAUCGCCUCUCUCGCCUUCUCCCUCCCCUCCAUCCCCAAGCCCAAGGCUUUGGUGAUGAUACACAGAUUUUUCAGCAUCUCUCUUCUUGCAUUUUUUGUGCUUUGGUAUACCUCUACACCGGGGGCAGUCAGGAACUACCUCCCAGGAGGUUCAGAUAAACCUGCAGGAUGGAGAAAUCAGAGCUGGUUCUACAUAGUUGUGAGAAUAAGUUUGUUUCUUUGGGUUGCUUUGCUAAAUCUCAUUACAAUAUCAUCAACUUGGGCAAGGGUAAUUGAUGUCAUGGACAGUGAGUCAGGUUCAAGAUUAUUUGGUUUUAUUGGGGCUGGUGCUACGCUAGGGCAACUUUUUGGUUCAUUGUUUGCUGCAUGUACGGCAUGGCUGGGACCAUUUCUGCUCCUAUUUUCUUCACUCUUGAUGGAACUUGCUGCUCUCUCAUCAAAAGGAAUUUGUAUUGAUGAUGGAAAUCAUGCUUCGGCUGAAUUAUGUCAAACAAGUGUAUUGUUGGAUGCACACUUGGGGCUGCGGGCUGCACAGGAGAGGACAACACCAAGGGCAGGACAAUCUCCUAAUACCGUGGCUGAUGAUGAAAUGUCUUCACUGGUCACUUCACCUAGAUCAGCUAUCCAAUCUCAAAAAUCCAAAUCUGAAUUUUUCAUAAUGUUUGAAGGUUUCUGGCUGAUCUUGCGAUCACCCUACCUUAUAUACAUAUCUCUGUUUCUUUGGUUAAGUGCAGUCGUCUCAUCUGUAUUUUACUUUCAGAAAGUGACGAUAGUUGCUACUACAAUAUCAAGCCCAACGGCCAGAAGGAGAACAUUUGCUCUGAUAAACAGCUUUAUAGCAGUUUUUAUUCUUGCAGGACAGCUCACUUUGACGGGUCAUAUUCUUACAGUAGCUGGUAUCACAGUUGCUAUCUGUGCAUCUCCCUUUGUUGCUGCCUCAAAUUUGGUUGCCCUUGCUGUAUGGCCAACUUGGGUUGCCGUGGCUGUCACUGAAACAAUUAGAAAGGUAACAACUUAUGUUUUGACAAGACCUGGAAGGGAGUUAUUAUUCACUGUUGUCUCACAGGAUGAAAAAUACAAAGCAAAGGUCUGUAUAGAUGUGAUUGUUCAGAGGCUUGGUGAUGCAACAGCCGCUGGAAUUUACAGGUGGUUGUUCAGUAGCCUUGAGAAGAAAACAUCCAAGGUCACCCUGUUUGCAUUGCCGCUCUGCUUCGUGUGGCUUGUCAUUGCAUUUCAUUUGGGCCAGCUCCAGACUAAUCUUGCCAGGCUUCAGGCUGCUUCUGCCCCGUCCUAUUCCUGA